GCACGUUCUAGUAUAUCGUUCAUUGCAUGACGUAACAUCUCCCAGCACGACUGUCGAUCAGCUACGUGACCUCUGUAAUUGAUUCCUUUGUGUUGUUCACUCGUGCGACCCCGCAAUCUGAUCGGCAUAAAAGGACUCGUUCACGCACUUUACUCGCAGAUGAGUACUGUUCCUCGAGGUGUCAAUUAGUUGAGAAGCUGAUCAUAGCGCGGUACGGAGCAAAUUUGACAACAGCUUUCACGGUAUUUGUACUACAGCAUCAUGCAAGAUUUAGCCAUGGCCGCCUCGCCCGAUGGAUCACCGCUCCAGAAGAAACGAAAAAGGCUGAGUCGACGAGUGCCAAUCGAUAUGGUGGUACAGCUUCAAAUCGCGGCGGCGGAUCAACCCAAAGACAGAGAAGCGUUGAAAAAGCGACUGAGAAAGCAAAUCACAUGCUGUGAAAUCAAUGAGAUUACCACGUCAGGACUCACGGCACUAAACCAAUGCGUUUUGGACGGAAAUUUGGAGAGCGCCAAAAUGCUCGUUGAACUAGGAGCGAAUGUUAACAAAAAAGACAGGUUUGGCUGGACACCGCUGCACUACGCCGCCAGCGAAGGUUACGAGGAAAUUUGCCGUUUUCUUUUACGCUGCGGCGCAAAUGUCAGAGCUGAGGACAAAGAGGGAAAGUUUCCCGUUGAAGUUACAGACGAUGAAAGUAUUCUAAGGAUGUUGCUUAGAGCGACUUUGCUUUACAACAUGCCUCCGUUAGAUAAGGACUCUUUACAGCAUAGUUGCUGAUGCGCGCGGAUAGCUUAGGAACAGAAGGGCUUUAGCUGAAGUAAUAACAAGAUGAAGAUUGCGAGGAGAUUUGGACAGAGUUGCAUGCUGAAAGUCUACGAAAGAGGCAGAGAUCGACAGAGAACUUGCGCUUAUCUGAGAGGGUAACACUGCGGAUGUACUGAAAAACGAAAUCGCCAAGCGAUGCGUUUAUUAGAACAUGCUCGACUUGACAGUUUCCGUCAUUCUCCAAAUGAAAGACUUCUGCAAAGCAUUCGUUCUCAAGGACACAUCAAGAGUUCGAAAAUGUGUAAAUAUUGUUUUUGUACUUGUAAGAUAAGAGACCUUAAGAAAGUACAUAUGGAAGCCAAAUGUAACUUGUUAUCUAGCAAUGCCAUCACGUCUUGCCAAUUUGCCAUGAUAAAAUUUACAUUUGUUACGGCAAUUUUCAUUUAAAGUUAAUUAGCACAUUACUGUUGAAAAGUUGGACAAGAUUUGGUCUGUGAAAUAAAAUAUACUAGAAAAGGA